CAAGUUACUUUUUUAAAAUUUUAUAUUUUUCAUUUUUUUAAAAAUGAUACGGAAGAUUAUCAUUUUCUGUGUUCUCUGUGUCUCGGUUUUUGCUCAGAAAUUUUCUAGAAGACCUAUUCCUAUUUUUAGAGAUCAAACGCCGGAAUUACUUUUACCGAACAAUGCUACAGCAAUUAGAGAAAAUAUUGUCGAUACAUUUUCAUGUGAAAAUCGUAUCUAUGGUUACUACGCUGAUAUCGAUAAUGAAUGUCAAGUUUUUCAUGUUUGCAUGCCGCAAUAUCGGGGAUCGCGUCGCUGGAGUUUUAUUUGUCCUGCGGAAACGGUUUUUAACCAGGAAACGUUUGUGUGCACGAGAGUAAAUGAAUCGAUACCUUGCGAAGAGUCGGAGCAGUACUACGUCCUGAAUGAGGAGUUCGGAAAAGAGGAGCCAGAGGAUACGGAAAAUGAGGAGAGCAAUAAAAUUGAUGGGGAAAACCAGCCGACCAACACUCAGGAUAACCAGCAAGCGCCUGGAUACGCACCAGACACUGGGUAUACUAAUGAAGUGCCGGCAGUGACUCCGUUCUCGCGGAAUCCGCGGACGAGAGGUCGCCCGGGACGGAGAGGAAAAAAUUCGCGGGUUGGUACAACGUUGCCAGGAAAAAGUGAACGCUAUGAUACGACCCCUUUGAACUUUAUUCAAUAACUUGGGAAUUUAUGAUAAAUAUAUGGGACGUUUGUGGUUAUAUAGUUGUAAUGUGACUGGAAAAAAUAAAGAGAAAAAAAUAUAAA